AGGAGGUUAUGGCUGAGGACUUUGUGAAGAGGAGAGCAGAGGAACACUGUUUAUUAGAGGGCAACUAUGCUUUAAUCUGCGUUUAUGUGAAUUGUUUUUACGCAGCGGCUGUAAUGAGCUCUAAACCAAGCAGGAGUUGAACCUGCCACGAUGUCACACGCGCAGGUUGAGAUCCCGGGACGCGGUUUCCCCGGCCUCCCUGUGGAUAUGACGGACGACUACUUGUCCCGGGUCCCGUCCGUGCUGAGGGCGCACGGUUUGAGCGCGCGGAGGAACUCCUACGGGCUGCAGAAAAUCACCAUGGACAUCGACUCGCCUCUAUACAGCGGCGUGCUUUCCAAAGCCCUGUCCUGGUCCGCCGAGAAUAUCCCAACGCUGUGCGAGUCCAGGGCAGACGAUGAGAAAACCGAGGAGUCCCCAGCGUCGCCCUCCCCGGUCUCCAACGCGGGCACCAGCUCCAACACGCCCCCCGGCAUCCAGGAGCCCGACGCCGGGUCUCUCGUCGAGAGGACCAUCGCUCGGGACGUCAACUCGGUGUCUGAAAAUGAAGUUCACAGCAAGCAGCAGAAGAUCUCUCCUCGCAUCAUGUUCGAUGCCCUGUGGGAGCAGGAGGAGCGAGAGGACGUGGAGACCAAAGCGGUGGCGACGUCCCCCGAAGGGAGAUACCUGAAAUUCAACAUAGAGAUCGGAAGGGGGUCCUUCAAGACGGUCUAUAAGGGACUGGACACAGAGACGACCGUGGAGGUGGCAUGGUGUGAGCUACAGACCCUGAAGCUGACGAAGGCGGAGCGACAGCGUUUCAGCGAGGAGGUGGACAUGCUGAAGGGCCUGCAGCACCCGAACAUCGUCCGCUUCCACGACUCCUGGAAGUCGACGGUGAAGGGCCACAAGUGCAUCAUCCUGGUGACUGAACUCAUGACCUCAGGCACGCUCAAAACGUACUUGAAGAGGUUCAAGGAGAUGAAGCUGAAGCUGCUGCAGCGCUGGAGUCGUCAGAUCCUCAAAGGGCUUCACUUCCUGCACACGCGCACCCCUCCCAUCAUCCACCGGGACCUCAAGUGUGACAACAUCUUCAUCACCGGCCCCAUCGGCUCCGUCAAGAUUGGAGAUCUCGGGCUGGCCACUCUCAAAAGUGCCUCUUUCGCUAAAAGUGUCAUUGGAACCCCCGAGUUCAUGGCCCCAGAGAUGUACGAGGAGAAGUACGACGAAGCGGUGGACGUCUACGCCUUUGGAAUGUGCAUCCUGGAGAUGGCCACCUCUGAGUACCCGUACUCCGAGUGCCAAAACGCCGCCCAGAUCUACCGCAAAGUCACCAGUGGAAUGAAACCCGACAGUUUCUACAAAGUCAAGGUCCCGGAGCUCAAGGAGAUCAUCGAGGGCUGCAUACGCAUGAACAACGAUGAGAGGUACACCAUUCAGGACCUCCUGGAUCACCCCUUCUUCCAGGAGGACAACGGCGUGCACGUGGAGCUGGCGGAGGAGGACGACAUGGUGAAGUCGGGCCUGAAGCUGUGGCUGCGCAUGGACGACACCAAGAAGCUCCACGGGAAGUACAAGGACAACAACGCCAUCGAGUUCCUGUUCGAGCUGUACAAAGACGUGCCCGAGGAGGUGUCUCAGGAGAUGGUUGUGCUCGGCUUUGUGUGCGAGGCAGACUUCAAGCUCGUGGCCAGGGCCGUACGGGACAGGGUGGCGGUCAUCAAGCGGCAGCGGGAGAAGCUGCGGCGGCGGGCGGAGGAGCGGAAGAAGAAGCAGGAGCGAGAAGCCACGGAGGAGGAAGCACAGGCUCCCCGUCCUGUCACUAAAGUCAGUGACGUCGUCGCCCUGACGCCUCCGGCCCCCGUCCUGUACCCCGUCACCAGCUCUGUGGACUCUGGAGUCAGCUCCCACUGCCCCGCGGAGCCGGAGGAGCCGGAGGCCGACCAGCACUUUCACAUCCGGCACCACAGCUUGUCCUCCGCUAACUCUGACUGCGAGACGGACGGCUAUCUGAGCUCCUCUGGGCUUCAGGAUCCGCUGGAGGCCGGCAGCUUCAACUCGCCCGGGACCCCUCCCACCGCGCACACCGCCAGGCAGACGGCUGCAAACGGCCUUCCCAUCCCGGCCCUCCGCUUCCCCUCGAGUAUCGCUGUGUCCAACAACAUCGAACAUGGCACCUCAGGGCUCCCCAGUGGCUUCAACUCUCCCGUGGAAAGCUACGCCUCCGAUGUGACUUCGGGCUUGAGCGACUGCAACGACGGCCCGUCGGAGAAGAGCGAGAAAACGGCUGCGAGGCGAAUGGCCGGGAAGCUGUCCAGGAGGAGGGCGCGCGCCAGGCUGCGCAUCACCGGGCUCUCUGAUGAAGUGGACCGCGUGGUGGAGUGUCAGCUGCAGACACACAAUGACAAGAUGGUGACCUUCAAGUUUGACCUGGAUGGAGAUAACCCAGAAGACAUCGCUGCUGUCAUGGUGCACAAUGAGUUCAUCCUGCCGUCAGAGAAGGAGGGCUUCAUCUACCGCAUGGGCGACAUCAUCAAACGGGCCGAGGCUCUGAUGGCCAAAGAGCAGCCGGUCCCUGAGUCGGCUUUCCACCACGGGGUGAACUCCUUGUCUUCCUCACAGCCUAAUCUGCACAGCCAUCCCCUCCCUCGAACACACUCCUCCUCUUCUCUGCCCGACUUCAGUGUGGCUAACCCAGGCGCUGAGGCAUGUGGCUCGCCCCCGUGCCCCAAUGGAGACGUCUUCAGCGCAGACAUUACUUCACCCGGGCGACCUCUAAUCCGCUCCCAGUCUUUCCACAGCAGUCCAGGGUCUCCCCUCCAUUAUCAGCAGCACCACCACCACCACCCCGCGUCUCUCCUGCCGCACCACCAGCAUUACCACUUGCCCUACAUGGGCCACAGUAACUUCCCAUUCCAAUACCCAGUCCCUCCAGGUUCCCCCACGCCGGGCAUCCAUCUGCCCCUCACACACGGAGCCAGUAACCCCACCUUCCCCGCCACCUCCCCGGUCCACGGUUCCUCGAGUCCUCACAACGGGAGCCAAAGCCCCGGCAGCAGUGACGGGGUCCCCAUGUCCCCGUCCACCCCUCAGCAUCCCCACAUGUGGUCGUCCCACAUGCAGCCCCUCUUCUCCUUAGCUAAUGUCAUCUCCAUGGCUAUGAGCAUGGCUCAGUCUUUCAUCCCUCCUGCAAGCAUGCCCUCCCAGGGGAUGCCCUCCUAUCCGGGCUACCACAACCAGCUGCCCGCUCACAUGGCCCCGCAGUCCGGUUACCCGUCCAUGUACCCACAACAUUACCAGAACUCACCAGUAGAGGCCCAUUACCUCACAGCGGGCAUCCUAGCCCAGAACAGCAUCCACCACAACCAAGAGAAUUUGCCUCUGAUGGAUGGAGCCGGCUUCCUUCAGAGCGGCCAUCGCAGCUGGCUGCCUCCUGUCUCUCCGCCGCCUGUGCCUUCCACUUCUUCGCCGGUUCCUCAGGAGCCUUUUCAGCAAGUUGGCCUCUCCAGUCCCCCGAUCAGUCCCCAGGAGGACAGUCUCCACGAUUACGUGGACUCAUACCUGGCACAGGUUCCAGUCCAGGUUGAACCCAAAUCAGAAGUCUCCAGUUCAAACUCAGAUAUUUCAACAUCUCCCCCCGAGAGCCCAAAAAGCACUUUAUCAUCCUUCAUCAUGCCAUUGCACCCCACUGAACCCGAGAUGAAAACCAGCACCCCAAAACCAAAAGCCUCCUCCGCUAAACCCGACGUCCACUCUGCACCCGUCACGGUGGGGCGAUUCCAGGUGACGCCCAGCAUGCCCAUCCCUGCAGCCGCUGAGCCGGCCGGUGCCAUACCUGCUGCGGCACAGCAGGCAGACAGCGGCAGCACCCCAUCAGAGAGCAGCACAGAGGAGCAGGGGGAGUCCGAGACGAGCCUGGCCACCUCCCUCACCAUGUCCCCUCCUCACCAGCAUCCCCACAGAGGGUCCACCACCGGGGUCCUCCAGGGGGUGGACGGGCAGCUGGGAUGGAGCCAGGACAAGCAGCAGGACAGAGGAGAAGAAAAAGUAGAAGAGGAGGUGGAUGAGGAGGAAGGGGAGGAAGAGAUUGUUGGGGAACGUCUGAGGACGAGGAAGAGGAGUCGGAGGAGAACGCACAGCCUGAUCCUCAUGGGAACGUCCCUGGACAGCGGACUGUCGGUGACGGCGGCUGAGCUGGAGGGGAGGCUGUGGGACGGAGCGGCGGGCAGCCCGCAGUACAGCAACGCCCUUCACCAUCUGUGGCUGAUGACCUACAACCGCAACGCUCCCUACAUGAGCAGCGACGACUCCGACAGCGACGGCUCUGACAUGCUGGAGGAACUUCAGGAGCUCAGAGAGAAACAUCUGACGGAGGUGCAGGCCCUGCAGGCCGCCCAGAAGAGAGAGAUCGAGCAGCUGUACGAGAAGAUGGGGAAGGUUCCCCCUGCGGGCAUCGUGUCUCCCGCCGCCGUGCUCUCCAGCCGCCAGCGCCGCCUGUCCAAGGAGAGAGGCUACCCUCCGACCCGCAGGGACAGCCUGCAGCGCCUGGACAUGUUGCCACUCCAAGGUAUCAUUAGGAGAAACUCCCUCGGAGGCAGCAGCAGCGGCGGCUCCCAGGAUAAACCCAACAAAGGCGUGACCUUCGCCACCAACAUGAGAAUGGAAACUGUGCAGCCGAGCGUCUGGACUACCUCAUCCGAAGUGUGACUGCAGGGGUCCAACCCGUCCCCCCUGAGGUGCAUCGCUUUCACUUUUCACUGGCCGACCGAUCAGCGCACCGCCAGUGGUCAUUUACCUCAACGUAUAGAUAUGUAAACUCAUCAAUAGAGCUGGACUUACACAGGAACUGUAACACUCGCUUUUCAGGCCUCCCUUGGUCCGAUCUGGUAAAUUCUGUUGCAGCAGAAGAACAAAAACGACUUCCAAAUCUGGCUCACGUUCAAAGUUUUGAAUUCUCUUUUGUAAAUAAAGCUCGAGACCGGUCGGUCCAGACACAGUAUAACCUUUCAGCAUCAAUGCGACCAAGCGAUGGGUACCAAGCGCUGUGAAGACUUUGACCCACAAUGACGAUGGUUCUCGUUCUCCGGGUUUUCCGCUCCGGCCCUUUUUUGUUUUUUUACUGACAACAUUUUUGGAUUAACCUUGCAAUUUAUUUGCUGUAGUUUAUUAAUGAUGUCACAGCACCUGCUGACUGCACAGUGAAUAUUGCCUUAUAGGUGCAUUGUAGUUUGAUUUAAUCAAAUGUACACGACCGUUCAAAAGUUUGGGGUCAUCCAGACAAUUUCGUGUCUUCCAUGAAAACUCACUUUUAUUUAUCAAAUGAAUUGAAAAUGGAAUAGAAAAUAUAGUCAAGACAUUGACAAGGUUAGAAAUAAUGAUUAAUAUUUGAAGUAUUAAUUUUGUUCUUCAAACUUCAAGCUCAAAGGAAGGCCAGUUGUAUAGCUUAUAUCACCAGCAUAACUGUUUUCAGCUGUGCUAACAUAAUUGCACAAGGGUUUUCUAAUCAGUCUAAUCUAGUCUUCUAAGGCGAUGAGCAAACACAAUGUACCAUUAGAACACUGGAGUGAUAGUUGAUGGAAAUGGGCCUCUAUACACCUAUGGAGAUAUUUCAUUAGAAACCAGAUGUUUCCACCUAGAAUAGUCAUUUACCACAUUAACAAUGUGUAGAGGGUAUUUUUGAUUAAUGUUACCUUUAUUGAAAAAACAGUGCUUUUCUUUGAAAAAUAAAGACAUUUCUAAGUGACCCCAAACUUUUGAACGGUAGUGUAUAUUAUGAUAGCAUUUUCUUCUUGUACAUCUUUGGGUUCUUUGGUGACGGGGAUGACCUACGUUCUCCGGCGUGGAGCGAUUUGAGCGCAGUCCAGACAUUUUUAGAUGUGGAGAGACGAUGAUUUUCUCACUUUGCACAGUACAAGAAGAUCAAUGCGUUAUGAAGAUGAAAUGCUCCCGAAACAAAGAGUUGUACGACAGUUAGAAACGCAGCUGGCUUUAGCAGGAAGAAAAUCAGUUUUUUUUUUAAUGAUUAAAUAAAUUUCUUGAAAGACGUGAGCAAGGAUAACAUCACACACCAAUAUUCUAUAACAGCUCUUUUUGAAAGUCGUUAAAAAUCCAUCAAGGUCCUUAGACUACUGGCUUUUCCUGUCGAUUGUACGUGUGUGUAUAUAGUAGAUAUAUAGAUCAUGUUUACAAGUCACACAAGUAGACUAAACAUGUCAGUAACCUUAUCCCUUGCUCAAGCAAAAAUGUAAUUUGUCGCUUGUUCCCUAGAUCAGGGGUUACCAAACUUUUUAGGCCACGCACCCCCUUGUACAUCCCGACCGGGUUCACGCACCCACAAUCCCCCACACCGUAAAAAAAAAACGCAACGAAAUGCAAGUUGUUGACGGGGGGGGGGGGGGGGUGCGAGUGACUUUUUCUUUGCUCCGUCCCGAUGCGGGACCGGCAUUCAAACAUUAAAUAGCCGAGAGUUUUUGUCAGCGUAAGAAAUACGAUGUGUGGCGGGAGUGCGUGAGUUAAGACCGAAAUGACACUUGAGAGCCCUGAGAAUGUUUAAUAUUAAUUAUUACACCAUUAGACCACCAUUACAUUUUUCCUCUCGCGCACCCCCUAGAGGCAGCUCGCGCACCCCCAGGGGUGCGCGCACCACACUUUGGGAAUCCCUGCCCUAGAUCAAGCACCUUGUGCACUUUAGUAACUUCUACUUUUGUUCUCAAUCAUUUGACCAUGUUGGUUGAGAUGUAAUGUUUCUCUGUAUUUUUAUUUUCAUAAGGGAGGUAGAGAACAUUCUUCAGUUUAUGUAUGAUCACAGUAACGACGAUCUACCCUCCCACAGUUUUAAAUAAUUAGUACACGCUGUGAAUGUGUAGCUGUUGCCUUCUGAAAUACCCAGAACGCACUGAAUCUUCUGGCAGUGGAACUCAUGUAAGUUUUUUCUUUUUAAGUUCAUAAUAUAUUCAGAGGUUUCAUUUCCAAAAUUUUGAAUGUAAAUAUAUAAUUGUAUUACUUUCUAAAGCUGCUGCUGUCCUGCCAUGCUGAAUCUGUGCCUUUCCCUGACAUUGUCUUAUUUUAUAUUUUUACUCAAGAUUUGGUGGCUAGAUCAGACUCCAUAUAUCAAAUUGACAAAAAUAAAUGCAAUUGUAAAUAC